UCAGUCAUUUUAUGUCUAUACUGAAUGGGUUUAACUUUAAAUGAAAAGAUGUGCACAGAUUGGCUAAUGAGCUACAAAGAUACUGUAUUACUAAUUCCAUUUCUAGAUAUGGGCUAAAGAAUCGCUUCUUGGUGAAAUUAGUAACUGUUUUCAUAAUAUGAAUGCUUGAAUGGUAUUUUAAGAACAUGGUGCAAAUACAAAAGAAAAUAGCAUACAAUUUGAAAAAAAAAUAUUAAGCUAUUCACAAAAAGUUGUCUCUUUGCAAUUGUCUGUUAUAUGCACAGCAGCCAGUAGAAUUCCCCUUUUUAUUUUUUUUUUCCCCGCAGACCAUCUUGAUUCAAAACAUCUAUCGUAAUCCCCAAAACAGUGCACAGACGGCUGACGGCUCACACUACCAUUGCCCUCUUGAACAUUUACCGUAACCCUCAAAACUCUUCCCAGUCUGCUGACGGUUUGCGCUGUGCUGUGAGUGAUGUUGAAAUGCAGGAACAUUAUGAUGAAUUCUUUGAGGAGGUCUUCACAGAAAUGGAAGAAAAAUAUGGAGAAGUAGAAGAGAUGAAUGUCUGUGAUAACCUUGGAGAUCAUUUGGUUGGAAAUGUAUAUGUAAAGUUUCGACGUGAAGAAGAUGCAGAAAAGGCUGUGAUUGAUCUGAACAACCGGUGGUUUAAUGGACAACCAAUUCAUGCCGAGCUUUCUCCUGUGACAGAUUUCAGAGAAGCUUGUUGCCGUCAGUAUGAAAUGGGAGAGUGUACAAGAGGAGGUUUCUGUAACUUUAUGCAUUUGAAACCUAUUUCUCGAGAAUUGCGACGUGAGCUGUAUGGCCGCCGCCGUAAGAAGCAUAGAUCCAGGUCGAGGUCCCGUGAACGUCGCUCUAGAUCCAGAGAUCGUGGUCGUGGAGGAGGAGGAGGAGGAGGAGGUGGUGGUGGUGGUGGUGGAGGAGGAGGAGGAGGAGGAGGCCGAGAACGUGAUAGGAGGCGGUCAAGAGAUCGUGAAAGAUCUGGACGAUUCUGAGCCAUGCCAUUUCUACCUUCUCUGUUAGAAAGUGUUGUAGUUGAUUGACCAAACAAGUUCAUAAUGAAACUUUUUUUAAAAGAUGGGCUUCUGAAUAAAAAUUUGUAGUGAUACAGUU